CUUCAUACUACCGUGGGUUUUUUAAACCUUCCUAGUUUUGUUGAUGUUAUUCCGAGAAUUAGCAAACCGUAACGAAGAUGUUCUUGGCAACCAUCUUUUGAUGGGAGUCCGGCUGUUCGAAAGCCGGCCAAGGGUGAUGAACGAAAUGUGAACCCUUGUCUCGCCUAGGUUGGAUGGGCGUGCUUCGUUGGAAAGCAUGGAUCCGCCUAGGCUGUCCCGAAGGUAUCUCGCGCUUGUACGGCUUUGGCUCGGAUUCGUCCGUCUUCUUUCUUCUUAGCCGAGUACUUCGGUAGAUUAGUUGGAACGAUUGAUGAUUUUGAGUUAAUUGAACGUUCGGCGUAUGAGUGGUGAUCGAAUAGCUAGUGUUCGUAGGCUCCAUGCUCGCGCAUCGAACUACCUACCACCUAUCCUUCUCAGUUAAUUCACGGGCGAUGUUACGCUCGAUGAUGAGUUCCGGGGCCUGUGUUUCGUACCUAAUUUGAAGGAAUUGUUGAGUUUGGUUUACACUUUUGCCCGCGGCUUCUCCUUCGUGGGGAAGUCGUGGGCACAAACAUCGGCGCUUGUUCACCUCUCGUCAUCGCAUUUGUUGCCUUGCUCGCAUUGGUGCUUUAGGCGGAAAGUGCUUGGCUAAACAAAAAGAUGUUGGUCUUAUUUUGGUAGUUUUGUAGGAUGAUGACAUUAAGUGUGCUUGAGGUUAAUUAGCUGUGAGCACAUGAACGCCAUGUUACUCUUCACUUCAAUAUGCAUAUCGAUCCUACACUCUUUAGCUUUCUACAAAUGGCAUAUGCCUAAUUACUUGAUCAACCUUAUCUAUUGGUUGUGUAACUGUACGCCCAUGGUUUGUGACAUAUAUAGUUACGGUGCACGUUCAUGAUGUCACACUCUGUUCCUUCUGUUUCAUCUUUUGGACCAGAUAUUUCUUUAACCAUCCAUGUCUUCUGUUGCACUUAUUACUCAAUUAUAGCCCACUUAAAUAUACACAUAUCUAAUGUGAUUUAAACAUAAUUUUCUUUUAGAGAUAACUUGAAGAGUUAAAAAUAGAAGUUACUCGAAUCUGGGAUGUAUGGUCGCUAUUGAAAAGUUGAAGGAAUAACUCAAAUUAUUUACUACUUUGAUCAGUCAUUCCUGCAAAUAA